GGCGGAUGCUGAAGUGCGGGACACGUAAUCGCUAGUGUGUAGGAGGCUCUGUGCCGGUAGCUGCCUGCUCUUUCCUUUCACUUAGAAUCGGCAGUGGGACUCUGCAGCCAUGGACCGGGGCGGUAUGAAGCACCGGGAGGGGGGUCCGAGAACAGAAAUGAGCGGCUACAGUGUAUACGAAGAGGAGAACGAGCGGAUGACUGAGAACCUGAAAAUGAAAGCCAGCGCUUUGAAAUCUCUUACCAUCGACAUUGGAAAUGAAGUGAAAUAUCACAAUAAAAUGUUAGGAGAAAUGGAUUCAGAUUUUGACUCAACUGGUGGACUUUUAGGUGCAACGAUGGGCAGACUGAAGAUUUUGUCCCGAGGAAGCCAAGCAAAGCUUCUUUGCUACAUGAUGCUCUUUGCCUUAUUUGUUUUCUUUGUUAUUUACUGGUUUAUUAAACUGAGGUGAUAGGACAGUCUCUUUCUUAGUUCAUUUUCAGUUAUGACUUUCCCUGUGUAGUGAACCAUCGUUCUUCAGACUGAUUGUCUAUGAGACAGUGUGUUCUUUAAGGCCCUAAUGAGGAAUCAGGCAUGUUUAUUGGCAGACCAGCCCAGGGAAGCCUGCAAAACAGAUGGAGGAAUGGAAACUGAAACCUUUGUUUCCAGACAAUAAUUUGGGACCACUGUACAACUGUGAAAAAAAGCAGUAUACGGCAUUUGCUAUAAUUAUGGAGGCAAAUAUUAUGGACAUGUACCACUAUGGUUUUUAAUAUUUCUGGAUGAGCACAAAACAUUGAACUGCUCCUCAGGCCUCAGCAACGCAGAUGCUACUGUUUAUGUUCCAUACAAAAUACUGUUAUUUUAAAGUAAAUAUGUAAUAACCUGUGCCAGAAUGUAAACUGCUUAGAUAUUAAACAGCACUUUAACAUUUUAA